AUGAUUCCCAGAAAACAUCAGCAACAGGCAGGUUCUAAAAGAUUAAGGAGAAAUAGUAUUGAUGUACCAAGGAAGAAGUUGUGCACAAGAAGAGGUGGUGGGAGGAUUGGUUUGGCAACUAUAGGUACUCAAAAGAGUGUGGUUCAACAAAUUCCAGUUGUAGAAGAAGGUGUGGUGCAGGAAGAAGGUUUUGUGCAGGAAGUUCCAAAGUUGUUAACUUCACAAACAAAAAAAAAGUCCAGUCCACUAAAUGGUGACAAUAAGGUGGAAGAUAAUCAGUUUAUUGAGUUUACUGAGGGAAAAGAGGACGAUAUUCUCACAGAGAAGAUACAAUUAGGACCUGAAGAAAUUGCUAGUCUGCUAGAUGUUGGUUAUAGCAUGGCAGAAAUAGAAGCUAUGCCAGGGGUACAAGUGAAAUUGGAUGAUUCCCCACCAGUUGAACUGGAUGUAAAUGAUUUCAUUGAUGGUCAUCAUUCUGAUGAUGAUGUUGUUCUGGAUGGUGGAGCUGAAGGUGCUAGAGAUGAAGCUGCUGGUGAUGGUGGUUUGGAUGAUGAUGUUGGUUUGGAUUUUGGACCUGAUCAAGGUGAUGGUGAUGAAGAAGGUCAUGGUGGUGGAGAUGUUGACGAUGUUGAGGAAAACCAGGGUGAUGAUGAACGACAUCAGGUUGUCCUAAAGGUUAGGAGGAGAACAAGGAAAAAUUCUGAGAGGAUUACCAAGAUAAAGCUAAGGAAGGGUGUCUAUGACAAAUAUGGUGAUGGUACUUCUUCUGUAAAGCCAAUCAACUUGGAGUAG